GAUGAGCUCACCUGACUCUCCUUACCGCGCUGGGUAACUCGAUGCCAGGGCACGAAACUGUCAGAGCGGUCCUCCCGGCCUGCUAACAUGGAACCGGUCCACCGGGGUCUGGGUCGCUGUGUCUGCUCGUUCUGGCUCGCGGUAGCCUUUGACAUCGUGGGGCUGCUUGUCCUUCUCAUUGGGGUGUUCGUGAACGUUUUCUUCUAUGACCUGCUCAUCUACGCGGGGGCCAUCGUGAUCUUCCUCAGCCUCAUCUGGUGGGUGUUCUGGUACUCUGGGAACAUUGAGGUGCCCCCGGCUGAGCUGGAGGAUGAUGUCGGGUUAGUGAAGAAGGACAAGGGGGGUUUGACCGGCAUCAGCGGCGCUGUGAGGCGCCUCUCCAGCCGCGUGUCCAGCGGCCUCAGGUCCUCGUUGCGCAGGACCGGAGCACCAUUCGGCACACGGGCGCCCUCCGCGCAGAGGUCAACGGGGGGGACACCGGCGGAGCAAGUGGUUGUUUCCAUGGCAACGAUGACCGCAAUGGAGGACACAACGCAAAGUAUCCCUGCAGUGGCAAGCUGUGACGUAGAAAUGCCGCACACAAGAACAGAGACCUCACCUACAUAGUGCUCGACAGACUGGAGACGAGCUGCCCUACACUGUCUUCUGCUCCCUCUGGUUUAUGCUGGGAAAUUCUUAAAAAUACCAACAACAAAUGUACUUAUUUGAACAAACAAAAACUUUGGUUCUGACAGACAUCUGUAUGUUGACACGUAAACACGGAGCUAAUGUGGCUAACCCCAAAAAGCAGCUGCAGCUGUGAUCAUUUGUGAAUGGUGUGAAUGUUGCUGAUGGGCAGCUGGCGGUCAGUGUAUGACACAAAGCUAUUUUGUAAACAUAAACGCUUUGCCAACUAAAUGUGUGAUACUAUGUUCCUGUUGUGUUUACAUGUUGUUUCUGCUGACUGUAACAACUUGUGCUUCAUUUAGUAGUUCUUCACAAAAUAUCACACUGCUAAAACUAUACCAUCUGUGCCCUGCCCUUUUUGGCUAGACCUGUCCAGGUAGCCUUCAAGCAUUCCAAACCAGUUUAAAGUCUGACCUUCACCAAUCGUCUCUGACCCAAACAUGUACACAAUAUGUGCAGCACAACGGCUACAAUAUAAAGCCUUAGUGUAUUUUGUAUUUAAGUGCAGUAACAAACCAAAUACUAUCAUAAGGGAGGAAAACAAAGGCAGACCUUAUGUAGCAGUGAGAGUUUCAGUAAAGGAGUUGGCCCUUAGCUACUAAAUCAUUUCUAUAUUGGGUUUCUGGUUAGCUGGGAUGUUCAGUUGUUGCAGAGACGGACAGAAGGAUGUUACAGAAGGAAAGGGGACAAUCAAUGAACAAAAUAGGCCGGCCGCAGACUUCCUCCUUCACACCCAUGUGAUAACAGGCCUCAGUGUUUGACCUUUGAAACUGGUUUUAUUAUGCUGCUGUUUCUUCUAACUGCACCUGUGCUCUACUUCAAUGCUAACGGUUCUACUACUGCACAGCAACCAAUGGGGACAAACCCAUUUACUGUCUAUCAUUGGUUCCAAAGUGGCCCCUUACUUUUGUUAUCCCAUCAAAAUAACAUUGAAUUACAUGUAAAACAACCACAACAAAAAGCAUAAUGCUUCAUCAGAGUCACAAAAAGGAACAACAAUAGCUGAGCUGAAAUGAGGAACGAGUUAUGAAUACUGAGGUCAUGACCCACCGUGACAAUAGAUAAAUAAGUGAUUACACAUCUUACCAGAAAUUGUAUUAAAAAAUGAUUUAACUUCGGAGGGUUCAACUGAAUUUCCUUCAGAUUGAUAGCUUUGGUGUUUUCUGUACCACUGCUUUACAUCAAGAUAUCACCCCAAGAUAUCACAUCAUCCCAAAUGCGACAAUAGUAGAAAUGUAAAAAUGCUAAAUAAUUUUGUCCUCUCAAUGUCCUAAACAUUUCCUUUCAAUCAUCUAAUUAUUAUUUAUACAUUUGAAGGCUCUUCUACUUGUUUCUUAAAGGUUUCAUACUCUUAACACCCAAGAUUUUUAUAUAUAAUACUAUUAUAUGUAUGUUGUUAUCAGCAGUAUGGUGCCUCGAACACACUCCCCUUCCUCUCCAGUCCUUUCACUUUGACUUGUACAAUUUACUGAGCACAGCUAACUGAUAACAGAGUGACCAACUUCAAUAUAUGACAGUUUUGGUCAGUUUGUCUGCUUGACAAUCCAAUUUUUCUGCAAUAUAAAUGAUUGAAGUUAGAAGAAAAGACUGAAACUUUAUUUCUCCACUUAAUUUAUGAUCUAUGAAGAUGUUUGUAUCAAUAUCCUGUUAACAUGUUUGGAGCCUCCCGUUGAACUAAGUAAGAACUAAGAGAUUAAACUGAUUUGUAACCAACUUCAACGAAUCACAGUUUUUGAAAAUGAAGCACAAAUAUAUAUUAAUUUUAGAUCUGUUCCUUUUCUAUUAUUGUAUGUGUAUUCCACCCGU